UCUAAAAACGCAAAUUUCGAAAUUGCUUUUCGUUUUGUUCAAGCUCUGCUUCGUGUCUCUCUCUCAAAGCAGCAACGGAACAAACUUUCUCUCUCUAAUCCAACGAACAACCAGUUACUUGUUUCUCUCUCUAGGGUUUGGAGCUUCCACUCCAACACUCAGUGGAGAGAGAGAAGCUUUGGACGCUACAAUUCUAGUAGGGCUUUUUGCUGUUUCUUCAUGCUAAUUCCAAACAAAUUCACUCUCAUUGUGAUCAAGCUACUUUCGGUUUUCACAAGAAAGGAUUUCUAAUUCGCUGUUGUUUGCGUGGUUUGAGGUAGAAGUAUUAUAGGUACUAAUAUAUGUAGGUAGUUGUGGGUUAUUUGCGGUGUACUGUGGGCGAAUGUUACUUCUUGGUGCUUAAUGACGUUUUCUAUGGACUUGAAUGCCUCUCCUGUGCCGGAAGAUGAUGAAGAUGCUUUUGAAGGCCAGGUAGAAGAGUAUAAUGCACCAAAAGAGGAGUAUAGUGCGCCAAAAGAGGAGUAUAAUGCGCCAAAGGAGGAGUAUAACGCGCCAGAAGAGCAUAUAGAAAGUGCAGUUGACAUAGCACGCCGGGAACGUGAAGAAAGAAAGAGACGGUUGAAAAGAGAACGUUCAGAUGACAGGCCCAUGCAAGUAUCACAGCCACCUGGAUGUGAUCAUUUUUUCCACAAUAAGAUCCUUAAAUCAUAUGAUAGAAGUAAGCUUCCUCCGGGUUGGUUGGAUUGCCCUUCGUCUGGCCAAGAAAUUUUUGGCAUGAUACCUUCCAAGGUUCCACUGGGUGAAUCCUUCAAUGACUACAUUUUUCCUGGUAAAAGAUACUCAUUUAAACAAGUGAUACAUCAACAGAGAGUUUUAGGGAGAAAACUUGGUCUGGUCAUUGAUUUAACAAAUACUUCUCGAUACUAUCCAGUAUCAGAUCUAAAGAAAGAGGGUAUCAAGCAUGUUAAGAUCCAAUGCAAGGGCCGCGGUUCAGUACCUGAUAAUUCAUCUGUUAAUCAUUUUGUCUAUGAGGUUUUACAAUUUUUAUCACGUCAAAAACACUCGAAGAAGUAUAUACUUGUUCAUUGUACACAUGGUCAUAAUCGUACUGGAUAUAUGAUCAUCCAUUAUCUGAUGCGCACAAUGUCAAUGUCUGUUACUCAGGCGAUAAAAAUAUUUUCUGAUGCACGUCCUCCAGGAAUCUAUAAACCUGAGUAUAUUGAUUCAUUAUAUAAAUUUUAUCAUGAAAAGAAGCCUGAAAUGAUAGUUUGUCCUCCUACUCCGGAGUGGAAGAGGACUCCCGAACUUGUUGAUCUCAAUGGUGAAGCAGCUCCAGAUAAUGAUGAUGAUGAUGAUGAUGAUGGAGUACCAGGUCCUCCUUUGCAGGAGAACCACGAGAUUGAGACAAUAAUGACAAAUGAUGAUGUUUUGGGAGAUGAGAUACCUAAUGAUCAGCAAGAUGCAUUUCGGAAGUUCUGCUUUCAAAUACUCAAAUUGGGGGUUGGGGCCAGAGGACACAUGCAAUUUCCGGGAUCGCACCCAGUUUCUUUAAACAGGGAUAAUUUACAGCUGUUACGACAGCGUUACUACUAUGCAACAUGGAAAGCUGAUGGAACAAGAUAUAUGAUGCUAAUAACUAUGGAUGGGUGCUACUUGAUUGAUAGAAACUUCAAUUUUCGAAGGGUUCAAAUGAGGUUUCCUUGCAGGUUUACAAAUGAUGUAUGUCUGGGCUUGGCUGAGAAGACUCACCACUUUACAUUACUGGAUGGGGAGAUGAUUAUUGAUACAUUGCCAGAUUCAAAGAAGCAGGAAAGGAGAUACCUAAUAUAUGAUCUGAUGGCAGUCAACUUCAUUUCGGUGAUAGAGCGACCUUUCUGUGAACGGUGGAAGAUGCUUGAGAAGGAAGUGAUUGAACCCAGAAAUCAGGAACGGUACCAAGGCAAAAAUCCAUACUAUAGAUAUGACAUGGAGCCUUUCAGGGUGAGGAGGAAAGCUUUUUGGUUGCUCUCUACUGUCACAAAACUUUUGAACGAAUUCAUUCCGAAACUCUCACAUGAUGCAGAUGGUCUCAUAUUUCAGGGAUGGGACGACCCUUAUGUACCACGCACUCACGAAGGCCUCUUAAAGUGGAAAUAUGCUGAUCUGAAUUCAGUUGAUUUUCUCUUUGAGAUUGAUGGUGAUCGUCAGCUGCUUUUUCUCCAUGAACGUGGAAAAAAGAAACUCAUGGAAGGGUAUAUUGUUGCAUUUGAAGAAGGUUCAGACCCCUCUCUUUAUUCCGGAAAGAUCAUUGAGUGUGCUUGGGAUGGUGAUAGACAUGAAUGGAUAUUCAAGCGAAUCAGAACAGAUAAGUCAAAUCCCAAUGACUUUAAUACUUACAAAAAGGUGAUGCGAAGUAUAAGAGACAAUAUCACAGAGGAUAUCCUGUUGAAUGAAAUAAACGAGAUAAUCUGCCUUCCCAUGUACGCCGACAGGAUAAAAACUGAUAGCAAAGCACAUCUCCACACUAAUAUCGCUAGGCGAAGGUAAUCAAUGAGGAAUUCACGGUCUGCAAAUGUUUCACUGGUGGGAGAAUCAUACGUUGAAAGUGAACAUCUGGUGAAAGUCAACUCAAAAGGAGACCCAUUGAUGCUCUGCAAAACAUUCAUGUAAUUAGUUAGUUCUUAGUUAUCGCAGUAAUUGGUACCUCACAAAUUCAUGCAUGAAACCAUUUCCUAUGGUUGUUUAGAUGAAAAGUUAGAUUUAGGAUCUCAGUGUAUAUUAUCUUAUAAUUUUCUUUGUUAAGUAGUGAUUAUAAACUGUUGAAAGGGUAGUUGUUUAUUAUAUUCAAGUUUUCAUUACAUUGGUCAGAAUAUUCCCUGUAUGUGAAUAUUAAUUUGGGAAAAGUACUAAUGAGCAUUCCAUUCUCUCCUGUGUUGAAA